UUCUGUGCCCGCCCACUGUCCUCUCCUGCCUGUGCAGGGUUUGUUGUUGUCAAGAUGGAGUUCUUGUUGGGGAAUCCGUUUAGCACUCCGGUCGGCCAGUGUAUUGAGAAGGCCACCGAUGGGUCCCUGCAAAAUGAGGACUGGACGCUCAACAUGGAGAUCUGUGACAUUAUUAAUGAGACAGAGGAAGGGCCCAAAGACGCCAUUCGUGCCAUCAAGAAGAGGCUGAAUGGCAAUCGAAACUUCCGGGAGGUGAUGCUGGCUCUGACUGUGCUAGAGACUUGUGUAAAGAACUGUGGCCAUCGCUUCCACGUGUUCGUGGCCUCGCGGGACUUCAUCGAUGGCAUUCUGGUGAAGAUCAUUUCUCCAAAAAACAACCCUCCUACUAUAGUGCAGGAUAAAGUAUUGGCGCUGAUCCAGGCUUGGGCUGAUGCAUUCAGAAGCAGUCCAGACCUCACUGGAGUCGUCCAAAUUUACGAGGAGCUGAAGAGAAAAGGCGUCGAGUUCCCCAUGGCAGACCUGGACGCACUUUCACCAAUCCACACGCCACAGAGAGGAGUCCCAGAGAUUGACCCAGCCUCACAUAAGUACAAAGCUUCUCUCCAGCCCAAGCCAGCAUCCCAGCCACCUCAGACCUCUGCAGCUAGUGGCUUACCUGCUCAGAAUCAAAUAGCAAAUGUGACAGGGCCCGUCACACCAAAUGCAGAGCAGAUUGCCAGACUGAGAAGUGAGUUGGACAUUGUGCGUGGCAACUGCAAAGUGAUGUCAGAGAUGCUGACAGAGAUUGUGCCAGGGCAAGAGGAUGCCUCUGACCUUGAGCUCCUCCAGGAGCUGAACAGGACAUGUCGGGCCAUGCAGCAGAGGAUAGUGGAGCUCAUCUCUCGUGUCUCCAAUGAAGAGGUCACAGAGGAACUUCUACAUGUCAACGAUGACCUAAACAAUAUCUUUCUUCGCUACGAAAGGUAUGAGAGAUACAGAUUGGGCCGGAAUACACAGAACAACGGGGUGUUGAACGAGGCUUCAGCAGAGGAUAAUCUGAUAGAUCUGGGCCCGGGAUCCCCAGCCGUCGUCACCCCACGAGCCAGCGUUGCAGUCACCCCCACACCUCCCCCCAGCCUGACUACUGCUGCUGCUGCCCCGUCACUCUCCACACAGCUUGCAGGAUUGAAUUUGGAUUCUGAUUCAGUAAGUGGCACUCUGAGUGCACUGUCUGCUCCCAAUCCUCGUGAUGACUUUGACAUGUUUGCCCACACCAGAAGCAGCUCCCUUGCUGAUCAGCGCAAAAACGUGAAAUACGAAGACCCGCAGGCUCUCGGCAGCCUAGCUUCUGCUCUGGACGUCCGACAACAAAACGCAGCCGGGCUGAGUGUAAAGGGUGAUAACGCAGAGUUGGAGCCCAUAGACAGCUGGCUCAUUACCCAAGGAAUGAUUCCUGUAUCGCAGUCGUCUGUCAUGGAUGACAUUGAGGAGUGGCUCGGUGCUGAUGUGAAAGGUGAUGAGGCUGAGGAGGGAGUGACCAGUGAAGAGUUUGACAAGUUCUUGGAAGCCCGAGCCAAAGUUGCAGAUGCAGCAUCGCCGUCACCCCCUAGAGGCGAGCCCUCUGUUCCAGCGAGCGCACCGAGCAGCAGCCGUAAGAAAGCCGAGCGGACUGAGGACAACCUGUUUGCGUUGUAGGUUGCACAUGAACUUGAAGAAAAGCGCCGUUUAUCCCUGUCAGCAUUCCUUUGGAUGCCUGCUGCCUUUCCAUGCUGCUUACUGUCACACGUUUCUUGAUCCAUCAUGGGACUCUCGGUUCAUUUCCACCUCUCCAGCUGCUGGCUGGAGCUGGGCGGCUUCUGUGAUCCGGCUCCUCUUCCAGACUCAGCAUGCUUUUAUGUGUAACUUCAGGGGCAGAGGGAUGAUCCUUCUUAAAUGAGCAAAUUUCUCCUCAGUGAAGUCAUGUUGUAGUUUAAGACAUGCCAAGAAUAUAACUUACUUCUGUUUAUUAAUAGAAGCCUUGUGGAAUCUAGCUUGGAAAAGUGACAUAAUAUAUCAGAUUUCCAGUGCAAGUUAGCUAGCAAUCUGAAAUCUGCUGUUCCAUAAAAGUAAUUCUUGUGCUCCAAUGCCAUUAUACCACUAAGGGUCUCAUAUACUUAAGAGUGACAAGUUAAAUGAAAAACAGACAGUCUUAGGUUUUGGGACUUUUCAGCUUGUACCUUGAUACACAUUUUAUAGAUUCUAUAUAAAUCUUUAUAGCUGUACUGGCUGGAUGAACAUUAUUCUUCCAAUAUGUAUUCCCUCACAAUUGCAUUUUGAUAGUGGUGGAGAGCGCUCCAUCACUCCAACACCCUCACUCCAUCUCCCAGGGGUGUUCAGUUCGGUUUAAAUCUGGUGACUAUAUACUCAGUGGCAUAUGACUUACAUUACUUUCAUACUCAACAAACCAUUCAGUGUAUCUUUGUUCCCUGUGGAUGGGAAACGGGGUCAUCCUAUAAGAGACCACUCCCAUCAUGAUAGAAAAGUCAGUUAACGUUGUAUUGAUUUGCAGUGACCCUUUCCACUAAUAGCGCUUUUCCACUCAGCAAAUCACCCUCAGAGCACGUUGUUGCUAUUUCCACCAACACAUGAGCGCAGCUGAAAUAGUGCUGAGCACUAAUUGCUAAAACAGUCAAACAGCAGUUAGUGAUCAAUGUCUCAUGAGCUAAAAGCUCGUCUGUACUGGAAAGUAUCUUCAGUACAUGGCUGUAAAUGUGUUUUGGUCUGUGGGCGAUUAAUUAAAAGCUCUGUUAAUUAGAGAGCUAAGUGUUGUAUUUGGAUGUGUGCUUUUGGUAAAAAUAAGUUCACUCCGGCUUCUUCUUUUGAGAGAGAAACAGAAAUCAGAGAUUCUUAGUUUUAUUUACAUUUUCCAUAUGUUUUUCCAUAUUUCCAUAUUUUCCAUAAUUUAAGUAGUAUUUUUAUGUUAGCCUUUUGAUAUGCUAUACAGAAACUCUUCUUACUCUCAUGAGUACAGUUACAUGAUGGAAAUUCUCAGCCAGGAGAUGAAUAGUCAGGAUAGUAUGGAGUUAUAUAUAUGGAUUUAAGUUCUGAUGAUUUGCAUUGGUUGGUGAAAAAGCGCUAUAAAAGUUCAAGCACUGCUAAGACAAUAGCCUUAAUAUAUUGUCCCUACCCCACCAUUGUACUACCAGUUUUUCCUUUAAUUUGUCUUGUGUUUGCAUGUAUUCAGUCAAACCUAUGAUAUGUUUUUUUUUUUUUUUUGGAGAAAAAAUAAGGGAAAACCAAAAAAAAAAAAAGUCAUUCUUGCUUUUUUUUUUUUUUCUUUUUCUUUUUUUCCCCCUCAUCCUUUGUCUGGUUUUCAUUUCUUAUUUGAUUUGAGUGUUAAGUUGACGAAUGAAGUCGCAUUGUCGUAAUCAUGAAAAUAGUGACCAAAGACCGUUUCCAAAAAGGGAUCUCUCACCUCUUGUUUCAAAGAGCUAAGAGUAUUUCCGAAUGGUUCCGAGAAUCAAGUUAUAAAACACACUGCCUAUUUAAUACUGUAUGGAACAUUCAUUUACCAUUAAGUGAUUUGAAGAAACAUUGUUCUCAAAUGCUUCAUAAGUAUUUGUAAUCUAUUUGAUUUUCGGAAUCAUGUAUUCAUGUAUUUUUAUGCAUGAGUUCAUAGCCCAAAAAAAAAAAAAAUACAUAUGAAAAUCUGGGCCACAGUAAAGAUCCACGGCAUUAAAAGAGUAAAUAGAAGAAAUUUGUUUCCGGGUGGGUUUAAGGAUUAAAUUAGGAUAGCAUAAAUUGUACAUUAUGUAUUGAUAUGUAUACAGAAAUAUAUGUAUAUACAACAAAAGAAUUGGAUAUAAAUGCCUGUUAUCAUUUCUGAGUAAGUUAAUAUUCAGAAAGUGAACAAAUGACUCAAUCAGGAGCUCAUUUUAGGUGACUUCAUAUUUUUCAUCCUGAUGGUUAUAGUAGUGUAUGGCAUGUUUGACAGCUGGAGCACAACUGGAAGGAAUAUAAGAUGCCUGAACCUCAUUGGUUAUCCUGGUGUACAUCAGCUCUUGAAACGCAGUAGUCCAGUUUCGUGGUCAUUCCGUGUAAUAGUGUGUUUCAUUGUACCUUUACUCACAAAUUGGUCAAAUCUAGACGAAAAUAUUUUGAGAUUUUAACAUUUUGGUUGUUCGGAUUGACAGCACUUAAUAUAAUGUCUUAAUACAAUACAAUCUGUUCUAAAUCAGUGAUAAAAUGUUGAGUAUAGAUGUGCUUUAUGUGAAUAUAAAGCAUAAAUCAGAUGAUAACAGACAUUAACACUUAAAUUACACGUGUCCGAAAAGAAACUUUCAACGAGUCACAUUUAUUUAUCGAAUAAUUUAAUUUUUUUUUGUUUAUAGCUUUGUAUAAUUUAAAACAAUAAAGCUGACUUGUUUGUAACUAUGUCCUAUAAAAAAAGCUUUGCUUUCCAAUAAGGUGGCAAUCUUUUAUUUUUAAUAACUGCUUUAAUGAAUGUGACAUUGAGUCCUAACUAUUUUGAUUUUUUGUCUCAGACGUCUUUGUGUAUUUUAGGAUAUGUAAUAAAGAUUCUUAUUGUGAA